UGUAGCCUUAAAUCUCCUACCAUGGGAGAAGAAGGCGGCGGCCGUAGCUGUGGGACCACUAGGGAGCUGCAGAGGCUGAAGCAGCAGGCGAUGGAGUACUACCGGGAGAACGACGUCCCACGCAGGCUGGAAGAGCUGCUCAACUCCACCUUCUACCUCCAGCCUGCCGACGUCUACGGGCACCUGGCAAACUGCUUUUCUAAACUUGCAAAGCCUCCCACCAUAUGCAAAGUAGUGGGGAAAAACGUAUUGGAUGGACUGGGGCUUCCAACCCUACAAGUGGAAAUAUUCUGCACCAUUCAAAAUUUUCCCAAGAACAUAUGUUCGGUGGUGAUCUCAACGCACUUUGAAGUCCACGAGAACACUCCGCCCGAGCUGGCGGACGCGGAGCAAGCAGAAAGGUCCAAUGCGGUCAGCACGGCUGUGCAGUGGGUCAAUGAAACCAUCACCGAGGAGCUGCGGGGCCUGGCGCCCUUCAACCAGGCUGAGGUGGACCAGGUGCUCAGGACAUUCUUUGAAAAUAAAGUACGAGAAGACAAAGAGAGGAGAGACCUGGAAAGGGGCCUGGAAGACCCAGCAGUGCUCAUCCCUUCGCCUCUACCACCACCACCACCUCCUCCUCCCCCAGCCAGAAAAAGGGGACAAAAGCAAGGGAGGAAUGAUACUUUUACAGAGAAACCCAUUGUGCCUCCAGAACCCGAUGAACCUGUACUGAAUGGCAGCAUGGCCAUAGGGGCCGUGUCACUCGCCGUGGCCAAAACCAGUGCCAUCCUGGACAAUAACCCCCUCUACUUAAAUAUUGCAUUACUGAAGCACCGUCAGGAACAGCCCACAAAGCUAACUGUACCUUUGCCCAUGGUGUCUCUGGUCAGCUGCGGGAAGUCAUCACCUGGGAAGCUGAAUUUAAUGAAAGAAGUGAUUUGUAUACCCCAUCCUGGAUUAACAGCUAAACAAGGCGUGGAGAUGCUUCUGGAAAUUCAGAAACAAAUUAACAGAACAAUUGAAACGCCCCCUCCAAAAACAGAGACCAAAAAAGGGCAUAAUGGAAGCAAGAGAGGUCAACAGCCCAUCAUUGGCAAGAUGUCCCAUCUUGGCUGUUUGACCAUUAAUUACGACACCAUAGAGCAGCCGCUGAUCCUAAUACAAGGCAUCUGUGCGAACCUGGGGCUGGACAUGGGCACAAACCUGCACCUAGCCAUCAACUGUGCUGCACAUGAGCUGAUGGAUUAUAGUAGAGGAAAGUAUGAAGUGAUGCUGGGAAUACACAAAAACGCAGCGGAGAUGGUUGACCUGUACGUGGAUCUGAUCGACAGGUUCCCUUCAAUUAUCGCCUUAAUCGAUCCUUUCAGGAAGGAGGACUCUGAACAGUGGGACAGCAUCUGUAAUGCUCUUGGUUCCAGGUGUUACAUCAUUGCAGGAGCUGCAUCCAAAAGCAUUUCGAAACUUCUAGAGGGUGGUGACAUCAGCACCCCCAAAUCCAGCGGGCUGAUCAUCAAACAUACCAACCAAACUACGAUGUCUGACUUGGUGGAAAUAACCAAUCUUCUUGACAGUAAGAAGCACAUCGCCAUCUUUGGAAGUACAGAAGGAGAGUCGUCUGAUGACAGCCUAGUCGAUUUGGCCAUCGGACUUGGUGUCCGGUUUAUCAAGUUGGGAGGUCUUUCUCGUGGCGAGCGGGUGACUAAGUACAACCGCCUUUUUACUAUAGAGGAAGAACUUGUCCAGAAUGGAACACUGGGUUUCAAUGGAGAACACACUUUUCCCUUGAAUGACGAAGCUGAAAAGGGGACCAAGGCACCCGAGGCUGUGGCCACCAUGGCUGGUGAGCUGCCCGAGCUCCUGGAGCCCGUCUUCCCCACAGAAGUGAUGGAGUCAUCAGCCAAAGCAUGAGCGUCUUCUGGACAGGCCGGCUUUCGGCCACACCACUAGCAUGAGACCCGCAGAACCCGUGUGUGUCCUCACGUUGGCUUUGCCCGACAACAUCCCUAACCAAUGUACUCUUUUUAUUCUUGUGAUUUCACUGGUAACGUCGAUAUGUCGUAUUUCUGCCCGAAAUUACACCUGUGAGCUGGGUCUUCCAGACAUCCCAUUUCCAUGGGGAUUUCGUUUGUGUACCAGCUCUCCUGUCCACUUGGGGGGCCACGACCUAGUAAAAGAGUCCAGUACCUCUGCUGCUGAGUGCACACUCGGCGCAGCUGAGUACUGGUGCCCGAAAGCACAGGCACAUUUUUGUGGCCAGCCUCAUACAGGAAGAAGUGUGAGAACUUCAGUUUUUUUACCAGCCAAACAGCUUCUUACUUCCUUACCCUUAAUUCCCUUUUCCCUGAUUCCCUCCUCUUUCUAAAUUUUCAUCUUUAUUAUAUUACUUACAUGCUUAUGGGUGUCCUAAGAUCCUUUUUGGAAAAAGAAGGUAGUAUAAAUGAAUAAACCCAUCAGUAAAUGGA